AUGCAUUACGAUCCUACGGAACAAGCACGAGAGCGUAUCAUUCGCCAAAAGGGCACGGGCUACCGACCGGAGAAUAUCCAAAACCGGCCAGCGACACAGGGCAUGGUGCUCCAUAUUGCUGCGUCUUGCAAUUGGUAUUCCAAAAGCAGCCUCAAGUUCUAUCACGACAAGUCUGAAGAUCCUCCAAAGCCGCAAAAGCCAGGGAAACCUAGGCAAAAACAGACUGAAACGGACGAACAGUUCUCCCAACGAUUACAAGAUUGGAAGGCGAAACUGCCCCACAAAGUUGAGGUCAAACAGAAGGGGAACUCCAUGACACAGGAGUAUUACGCCAAACACAUCCUCCCUGCUAAUAUUGCGCGUAUUGAGGCCGCCCGUUUACACCAUCGCGGGUCGUUUGGUGCAGACGUUUGUGGGCCACUUUUGACUCUUCAGGAAGAUAACGAUCCAUCGCACGGUACACAGUCAAAUAACGUCGCAUCUUCAUUAAAGCAUAUCAAUUGGAUCGAUUGCUUACAACAUCCAUCACAAUCUCCAGACCUGAGCCCUAUGAAAGCGCUCUGGGGGAUUCUGAAACAGAGGGUACGCAAGCGGGUAUGGCAGACCAUGGAAGAGCUCAAACAGAUACUGAUUGAUGGAUGGGAUAAAAUCACGAUGGAGGAAGUACGUAAGAGAAUUGCAGAGAUGCCAUACAGAUGCCAUCUAGUUGUAGACAAUAAGGGAGACUUUAUUAAGACUCCAUUGUGGUAG